GGCUCAAACUUGUAACAUCCAUUCCAAGUUAUUAGUUUGAAAAUCAUGGCUGAGUAUCGGAAAUGGACAAUCCACCACUUGAUAGUGUUUUUACUCACAUUUUUCAGCUAUUCCUGUUUCCAUGCUACAAGGAAAGCUUUCAGUAAUAUAAAAGAUUCAAUGCAAAAAGAAUGGACAAACAACUCUGUGACAUUGGAUCCCCCUGAGUUAUGGGAAGACAGAGACUUUUUCAAAGAUGAGCAUUCUGCUGAACUCUUCCUUGGUGCAAUGGAUACAACAUUUCUACUGGCAUAUGCUGUGGGUUUAUACAUCAGUGGUAUUUUGGGCGACAGGUUCAACCUGAGAAAAGUAUUGGCAUUAGGAAUGUGUUCAUCUGCAAUUAUGGUGUUCAUGUUUGGAACUGUAAGCAAGUGGAUUGGCAUUUACAACAUUUGGUAUUAUGGGGUAUUCAUGGCCCUCAAUGGUUUGUUCCAAUCCACUGGUUGGCCAUGUGUGGUGGCAGUCAUGGGAAAUUGGUUUGGAAAGUCAAGCCGUGGAAUUGUCUUUGGAAUAUGGAGUGCUAAUGCCUCUUUAGGAAACAUAAUUGGAGCUCUUCAAGUGGCAGCUGUACUGGAUUAUGGAUAUGAGUAUGCUAUGCUUGUACCAGCUGUUGUAUUAUUUGCAUUUGGCAUUUUGAUUUAUUUCUGCUUAAUACCAUCCCCAGAUGAAAUUGGAUUACCAUUACCAGAUGAUGACCAAACCAUACGAGCAAGAAAUGUUUUUAAUGAACAAAUUGUUGAGCAAGAAGCAUUUGCCAGACAUCCUGGUGAAGGUCUCUCUCAAUCAUCAUCAGCAAGCCAACAACAACAACAACCACCAAGGAAGGCUGUGAGCUUUUUCCAAGCUGUUUUAUUGCCAGGAGUUAUACCUUACUCAUUGUCUUAUGCUUGUUUGAAAUUGGUGAAUUAUUCAUUCUUCUUUUGGCUGCCUUAUUACUUGUCAAACAAAUUUCAAUGGAAGGACACAGUGGCAGACAAAAUUUCAACAUUUUAUGAUGUUGGAGGAAUUGUUGGUGGCGUAAUUGGAGGAUUAAUCAGUGAUCUGAUGUCAAGUCGGUCCCCAUUGGUCAUUGCAAUGCUUGUGUUGUCCAUACCAAUGCUUUUCAUUUAUGGAAAUACUGGAGGCAGUUACACGCUGAAUGCAAGUUUGAUGACUUUACUAGGUUUUAUGGUUGGCGGUCCUGCAAACUUGAUAAGUUCUGCAAUAUCAGCUGACCUGGGAAGACAGAGUGCCCUUAGUGCCAACAGUGAAGCAUUAGCUACUGUGACAGGGAUUGUGGAUGGCACUGGAAGUGUAGGAGCAGCUAUUGGACAGUUUCUUGUUCCUGUAAUAAACACACACGCAGGUUGGAAGCCAGUGUUCUACUUUUUAAUGGUGAUGACUUUUAUGAGUUUUGUUUGCCUCAUUAUUCCAAUUUUGCUCAAAUACAUAAGGGGUUUAAGAAGACGAGCAAGAUAUAGUUAUGAUCAAGUUUCAGUGGGCAAUGACACUAUGGAGUACCCCCCUAGCAGGCACAUCAACACUACCUUAGCAAAUUCCUGAAUGAUGGCAAGCGUCAUGUCACUGGUUCUUCAAUAAUAUUGUUUUUUCAUUCCUUUUUUGCCGUUUUUCACCUUUUAAUGUAUUUUUACCAGCUGAAAUAUUUCUAAGAUUGAACUUUUGAGUAAUUCCUGUACCUAUCCCACACAAAGUCACCAGUGAAAAUUAAACAGAGCAAGGCUUUUUCAAAUAAAUUAUUAAUAUAGUUAUUUCUCUCUUGAGAGUUUCGCCGAAUGAUUCCUUUCUUACACAUAAUUGUUGUCGUUAGUUCGUUUUACUCUUAAAGAAUUAAACUAUAGCUUUAAAGUCAUUUGACAUUUUUAGAAUUUUCAUCAUUUCUGACAAGAAAGGCUCUGGUGUAAGGCUCUUUGGGAGCUUGUAACCUUAUCUAGAUAAGGUAAGACAAGUUAUUUAGCCAGUAGGAAGCUGUCGAUUCAACAUGAUUAAUUAUGUCAUCAUAAACAUAACAUGGCAUAACAUACAGCAAGCAUAAAAUUCAUUUCUUGUCAGAUUGUAUGGUUUGAACCAUUUCUGUAUGAGCAAUUAACCCUAGACAAUUAUGGCAAAUGCUGUGAUUAUUUCCAAUCAGCGUGACAUCACACUGAUGUUUUUAAGAUGUCUGGUUCACUGGAAAUUUUUGGGCUCUUUGGGAAUAGAGAACGUUGAAUUUCUUAAGUACAGUGUACCAAGGUGACCAGGACACUAGCCAAUGGGUGAUUGGGACAUUAGCCCAAGGGUAACUAAGGCAUUAGUCCAAGGGUAAUCAGGGCAUUAGCCUAAGGGUAACCAGGGCAUUAGCUCAAGGGUAACCAAGGCAUUAGCCCAAGGGUAAUCGGGGCACUAGCCUAAAGAUAACCAGUGCGUUGGCCCAAGGGUAACCAAGGCAUUAGCCUAAGGGUAACCAGGGCACUACCGUAAGGUUGAGCGGGACAUCUGUACUCAGUAUUUGCAAUUGUAAUUUAUAGUACAUUUCUAUUUAAAUAUGUUGAUUAAAAGUGGCGUUAAAUUGAAGUAAUUGUUGGC